CUGCUUGAAAUGGCCAAGGAAAAUUCCCCAUCCCUGGCUGAAGUUGUAAAACGAGUUGCAGAGCAGCAGCAGUCACAGGCGUCAGACAUAGAAAAAAGCAAAGCAGUUCUUUUCCAACUGCAGGCAAAGUGCCAGGAACUAGAAAAAGAAAUGAAUUCUGUUCUGUUAGAAACAAAGACAACAGAAAGGGAAAUACAUCUGCAAGAUGAUGCCAUAGAAGUGACAAAAUAUCGCUGUGAAAAUCUGGAGGCCAAAGUCAGAGCCCUGUAUUCUGAAAAUUUAAAAUUGAGGUGUGAUGCAGAAGCAGUACAAGAGGAGUUUGAGAUGAUACUUGAAAGAAAUAAUGAAUAUCGGGAAAAAAUGAAGGAUCAUAAACAUCUCUUUUGGGAGAUGGAAAGUAAAUUGCCAAUUAUGAUUGAACUUGCUGAAAAGAAAGCAGUUGUGGAAGAAUUAAAGGCAAAGAAAGAGGAGUUAAUAUGUGAUCUGCAGAAUCCAGAAGGAUCUGUUAUAAAACAAGUGCAGGAAGAAACCACACUUUUAAAAAGAGAAGUCACAACAUUGAAAGAUUUCAUCAAUAAAAAAAGAGAUCUGCUGGAAGAAGAGAAAAAAAAGCAUGCUAAGCUUAAAAAGGAAAUUGAGGUGCAGAAUAAGAGAUAUGAUGCUAUAUUAAAACGUUUGCAUUGCCAACUGAACAAAGUCCAUUCAAAUAAAAGACAAUGGCACUGGAACAUUCAGCAGUUGGAGAAGAAGGCCGCAGAGCUGAGAAAGUGUCUUGGAGUAGCAGAGUUACAAAACAUCAUGUAA